AAGGAGCUUUAGCGCAGAGAGCAGGGGGAGAGAGGGAGCGGACAGUCCGUCCAUCCAGCCACUGCAGAACCACGCAGAUAAGCAUAGACAAAACGGGGAAAUUACAUGCACAUGCAGCACACCCGUACACUCUGUCACACAUACACGUGUUCGACCAGAGAGAGAGACGUUGGGAGCGGGUCUUCAGCACGGUUUGAAGGCUACCGGAGCCUCUAAUAUAGAAGUGAAUGCGCGUGUGCGUCCCGCGGCUGCGCCUGCUUCUUCCCUGUUCUGCGCUCCUCUCCUCGCCCGGGACAGGAAUAACUGGAUACCGGGAGCUGUAAUCAUACAGAGGCAGGUUGAGCCCCCAGAAUGCGCGGGGCCAGCAGAGAUUGCAGUGGAGCGUCAGCGUGUUUGUGAGAGUGAUCACCAUCAGAGGCUGCAUGGUUUCUCACAGGAGAGAGGGGACUGUUGCAAUGUCAUCUCGCACCACUGUUUUGGAGCUCUGUGGAAGGGAGAUGCUGGGAUGAAGAGGUUUGGCAGAAUGUCCCUCAGCAGCAAAAGGAGUAAGAGGAGGAGUAGAAGGAGCAGCAGCUAUAGCAGCAGGGGUAAUAACGGUGUCCUGCUGUCCUUGGCCCUCCUGGUGGGGAUGACCCUGAUCGCAGACCCCGUGGUGGCUCAAAAGCAGCGAAGUGGCAGUGCCUCGGAAAAAGUGCCAGUCCUGAACAUUGCGGUGAUCCUGGGGCGCACGCGCUACAUCUCAGACCGGGACAUUCGAGCGCUGUGGAGCAAGGAGAACCCCAUCGACAUCAAUGUGGUCACACUGUUGGUCAAUGAGACUGACCCAAAAAGCAUCAUCACUCACAUGUGCGACCUGAUGUCAGGGACCAAGAUCCACGGCGUGGUGUUCGGAGAUGGCACUGACCAGGAGGCCAUCGCCCAAAUUUUGGAUUUUAUUUCCUCGCAGACGCUUAUACCCAUCCUUGGCAUCCAUGGGGGUUCCUCUAUGAUCAUGGCUGAUAAGGAUGAGAAGUCGACAUUCUUUCAGUUCGGUGCCUCCAUCCAGCAGGAGGCUCUGCUGUUGCUGAACAUUAUGGAGGAGUACGACUGGCACGUCUUCUCCAUCGUCACAUCGAAGUUCCCUGGAUACCAGGACUUCAUCAACAUCCUGAAAACGACUGUGGACAACAGCUUUGUGGGCUGGGACCUGCAGAAUAUCAUCACUCUGGAUGCAGUGGAGGAAGACAGCCGGUCUCAGAUCAUGCUCAAGAAGGUCCAGUCUCCAGUGGUCCUGCUUUACUGCUCCAAGGACGAGGCGGUUUACAUCCUGGAGGAGGCUCGCUCUCUGGGACUCACUGGAUUUGGAUACAUCUGGAUAGUGCCAUCACUCACCACAGGGAACCCAGAAUUAAUGCCUGAUGAGUUUCCAUCAGGAAUGAUUUCAGUGUCGUAUGAUGACUGGGACUACCCACUGGAGGCAAGGGUCCGUGAUGGGCUAGGGAUCAUAACGUCGGCGGCGGCAGCCCUGUUGGAGGAAUAUGGUGACAUCCCCGAAGCCAAGACAUCCUGUUACGGCCAGAUGGAGAAGACGACCAAGCUGCCACCCAGUGCACUACACAAGUACAUGAUGAAUGUGACAUGGGAUGGCAGAGACUUGUCAUUCACAGAAGAGGGCUACCAGGAACACCCGAAGCUGGUGGUCAUUGUUCUCAAUAAGGAGAGAGAGUGGGAGAAGAUGGGGAAACUGGACAAUGGCAGCCUGACACUGAAAUACCCAGUGUGGCCACGCUUCAACUCCUUUGGUGAUGCUGAGCUUGACGACAACCACCUGUCCAUUGUCACUUUGGAGGAGAAACCUUUUGUUGUCGUGGAGGAUGUAGAGCGACUCACUGGGACCUGCAUGAGGAACUCUGUGCCCUGCAGGAAGCACAUUAAAGACAACACAACAGAGGCUGGUGGGACAUACAUCAAGAAGUGCUGCAAAGGUUUCUGCAUUGAUAUUCUGAAAAAGAUUGCCAAGUAUGUCAAGUUCACCUACGACCUUUACCUGGUGACCAACGGCAAGCACGGCAAGAAGAUCAACAACGUCUGGAAUGGGAUGGUGGGAGAGGUGGUCCUUAAGAAAGCCGCCAUGGCCGUCGGAUCUCUGACCAUCAAUGAGGAGCGUUCUGAGGCCAUCGAUUUCUCUGUCCCAUUUGUGGAAACCGGGAUCAGCGUCAUGGUAUCUCGUAGCAACGGAACGGUCUCCCCAUCAGCCUUCCUCGAGCCAUUCAGUGCAUCAGUCUGGGUGAUGAUGUUUGUGAUGCUCCUGCUGGUGACUGCAAUGGCUGUCUUCAUGUUUGAGUACAUCAGUCCUCUUGGCUUUAACAGAAAUUUGGCACAGGGCAAAGAUCCCCACGGGCCUUCCUUCACCAUGGGCAAGGCUGUAUGGCUGCUAUGGGGUUUGGUCUUCAACAACUCUGUGCCAGUGCAAAACCCAAAAGGAACCACCAGUAAAUUCAUAGUGUCGGUGUGGGCCUUCUUCGCUGUCAUCUUCCUGGCCUCCUACACUGCCAACCUGGCCGCCUUCAUGAUCCAGGAGGAGUUUGUCGACCAAGUCACCGGACUUUCCGACAACAAGUUUCAGAACCCUUAUAAGUACUCGCCUCCAUUCCGUUUUGGGACCGUUCCUAACGGAUCCACAGAGAGGAACAUCAGAAAGAACUACCCUGCCAUGCACCAGUACAUGGUGAAAUAUCAUCAAACCGGAGUUCAGGACGCACUUGUCAGCCUCAAAUCCGGUAAACUGGAUGCCUUCAUCUAUGAUGCUGCAGUUUUGAACUACAUGGCCGGCAGAGACGAAGGGUGUAAGCUGGUGACCAUUGGCAGCGGGUACAUCUUUGCUACCACUGGUUAUGGCAUUGCUCUACAGAAAGGCUCCUACUGGAAACGACAGGUGGAUCUGGCCAUCCUGGCUAUUAUUGGAGAUGGUGAAAUGGAGGAACUGGAGGCCCAGUGGCUGACAGGAAUUUGCCACAAUGAAAAGAACGAGGUGAUGUCCAGUCAGCUGGAUGUGGACAACAUGGCUGGGGUUUUCUACAUGCUGGCCACUGCCAUGGGACUCUCCCUCAUCACAUUUGUCUCUGAGCAUCUUUUCUAUUGGAGGCUCAGAUACUGUUUCACUGGGGUCUGCUCUGGAAAGCCAGGUCUUCUUUUCUCCAUCAGUCGGGGAAUCUGGAGUUGCAUCCAUGGCGUUCACAUUGACAUGAAGAAAAAGACAGAUAUGGAGUUUAGCCCUCAGGACAAAAUGCUUAAACUCAUUAAGUCAGCCAAACAGGUAACCAACAUGUCUAACCUGGGUGGCUCCCGCAUGAACUCGCCCAAACGUGAGUUUAUGCACUCAGCUGGUCCCAUGAUCAUGGACAUGAUGGCAGAGAAGGGCAACUUCAUUUAUGCUGACAACCGAAGCUAUGCUCCCAAAGAUAUGAUCUACGGGGAUACCGGUGACCUGCAGACUUAUCUUGCUAACCGCCACAAAGACCACCUUAACAACUACAUCUUCCAAGGAGGCCAGCAUCCUCUGACCCUGAAUGACACCAAUCCCAACACAGUGGAAGUGGCAGUUAGUGCAGAUGCAGUCCAGACCAAUGCCAAGCCGCCCCGAACCCUGUGGAAGAAGUCUGUGGACACGCUCCGUUCUGUGCCACCUGGGCCUCCUCCGAUGCCUGACAUGCUGAUGCCAGAUCCACGAAUGUCGAUGAAGACGCAGCGCUACCUCCCUGAGGACACAGCCCACUCUGAUAUCUCUGACUGUUCCAGCAGGGCGGCCUCUUACAAGGACCCAGAAAACAACAAGCAUCUGAAGCCCAAGGACAACUUAAAAAAAAGAUCGGUGACGUCAAAAUACCCAAGGGACUGCAGUGAGGUAGAGCUGUCCUACUUAAAGACUAAGCAGGUCAGCAGCGGAACCAACCAAACAGGGAGAGGAGGAGGAGAGAAAAUAUUCACCAUCGACUCAGACCGAGAGAUGAACCUGCACACAGACCCCGUUCACUACCGUGAGAGUUGUGGCCUCAGUGCCGAUGAUUUGGAUUACCCCGAAAUCUACUCUGACCAGAGUGACAACUACAGGAAGUGUGAGCAGCCCAUCAUUCAUCUGAACUCCUCGCCUUUGCAUCACAAAGACUCAGAUCUUCUACCAGAUCCAACUUACUCCAAACAUUACAGCCUAAAAGAGAAAAACCUUCCCCUGUCCCCUCAUGAAUCAAUUGAUCGCUACAAACAGACACACUGCCGUUCCUGUUUGUCCAAAGUGACCCCUGGCUACCCACCAGGAGGUCCAUAUACACCUGCUGCUUCUGCUUCUGUCACGCGCUCACCCUAUAAUCGCUGUGAAGCAUGCCUCCACACAGCCAACCUGUAUGACAUUAGUGAGGACCAGCUCCUCACAGAUCCCUUAGUUAGUCCCACCAUGCACCACCAACAGCAGCAACAACCAGACGAAAUGUUUGGGCUGUACUGGCCUCAGAUGGAUGGGCCGCAUGUUCAAAAGAGAAACCGCUUGAGGCUGAGUCGACAGCACUCCUUUGACAACAUCAUGCUAGAAAAGCCCAAGGAUGUGGACCUGGGCCGGCCGGCACGUAGCGUCAGCCUCAAGGAGAAGGAUCGCUUCCUGGACUCCGCAUCUGACUCGCACUAUGAGAACCUCUUCGGUGUGCGUCCCUACUCCGGCAGACUGUUUAGCACCGGGUCCAGAUCAACGAUGUUUAACCACAACCUGGAGGAGAGCAAGAGGAGUAAGUCUCUGUACCCGGCCCAUGGCUCGGAAAACCCUUUCCUCAGCCACUCGCUGAGGAAUGACACCAGCAGCAGACUGGUCCAUGGGCGUAGCGCCACUGAUAUUUACAAACAACUGGCGGUGGCCUCACCUGCAGCGGUCCUAGGAGGGGCCCCCAUCAAACCACGCAAUGAUGCGAACAAUCUCCGCUCUUCUGUUAAAUCCACCACUUCAUACUGCUCACGGGACGGGCGGAUAGCGAAUGACAUGUACAAUAAAGAGCAUGCGAUGCCUUACUCAGCCAAUAAGACUAAUGCAUACCCAGCCCCACGUGGCGUCCUGAACUCAGCCCAGUUCAACAAUAGACGGGUGUAUAAAAAAAUGCCCAGUCUGGAGUCCGAUGUUUAGCUGCUAUAAGAAAUAUGUUCUCUCCUCCUUACUUCUCUCUGGGUUUGUAUUAUAAUUUAUCUACUCUGUUAUCCACCUAGGGAUGCCAUAGCCACACCACGGUCUUCAACACUGUAAUCCAAACAAACUCGUGUCCACUUGGGUAUGAUGGUACUACUUCUACUACUACUACGACGACUACUCUCUUUAGUAGAUGAAAUCACCUUUUCUGUCCAUGCUCCACCAUGUACCAGUGAGUUGGCUCCAAUAGGGCACUCUCUGAUAAGGUAUCUGGGUGUAAAUGGGAGGGGACUCAUUAACCCCCUAAGUUCUAAACAAAGGCAGGGAAUAACAUAGUCCUAUUAGUGGCACCAAGGAGGGUUAAGAUGGAGUAAAGGGUGAUUCCUGCAUGAGUUGUUGGGCAAGUGGCAGUUGAUUUGUGAUUGAAAUGAGGAAGUGACAAGGGGGAUUGGGCAAAUGAUAUGGGAGGGGGAUUAGAGGCAAUGAGAGAGAACCUCUCUUUCAAACCCUGCUCUUUCUCCCCCUUUUUCCUCUCCACCUUCACUGUCAAGCUUAGGGCACGCUAGUAGAGGAGAAGGAGUCUGACAGGGAGACCAGAUGGGCAUGUUUGAUGUCACCGCCAGACAUGGAGGCAUCCCAGGAGGGCAGGGGCAUCACAGUGAGCUAAUCCAAUGAUCUGCUACUUGUUACUCUGACAAAUAUGACCACCGAGACACCUUGAGGGAGGUGGGAGAGCAAGAGAGAGGGAGAAAGGAAAUCAAAUGGUACUGUGUGCAGUAGUGAUGAGAAGCUGAGAAUAAUGUAGGUGCUAUCACUGAAUAACAUUUACAGAUUGACAAAAUGACAAAGAACAAAUGAACAGGAAAUCUGAGGCAGUUGCUGGCCAUUUCAUUUGUGGCACUGCACAUAGAAAAAUAAUUGCAAAGUACUGCUUUGUUAUUCUAUUAUAUUAUAAGAUUUAUUAGGGAUUUUGGCAUCUGGAUCCCCCUGUUUAGGAAUUUAGUGUUUGCUUAUUUGGUACUGCAAUAGCCAUUCAUUUCAAAACCUCUCUCCCACAUGUGCUUUUGGAAAAAACACAUCAAGAGCAUUAAAUUAUUUUGCAUGUGAUGAUUUUCUCUUUUUUUCUGUGCCAGAGGAGAGGAAAUAAACACACACUCUCUGACAUAUGAGACAUGUUUCUGAAAAGGGACUGUGUCUCACCUGUUAUGGUGGAUGGAUACUUGUACAAUCAAAACCUUGAUCCUUGACCUUUGUGCUUAGUAAAUCGGUGUCAUGCUACGGUUCCUGCUGCAGAAGAGCAAGAGAAUGGUGGAAGAGAGGAGAGCAAAGAAGAGAUAGCAAAAGAAAAAGAUAAAUGACAGCUAUGUCACCUUGUCUGCAUUGGCGAGGGCCGCGCAUUGAUGUGCUUCUGUCUUUUGACUUCACUACCACUGAGAAACAGGGUAUAAACUAUGAAAACUACUGACAAUUCCUUCCUUCCUCCCUCCUUCCUUCUUCCCUUCCUCAACCAACAUGACACAUCACCAGAGUGUUGAAAAAAUAUAUUUCGAGCCACAUCAUUUUGUUUUUUGGAACUUUGUAAAAUCUAACUUUGGUUCAUUGGUUGGCACAGCAGUCACAGUGCUGUAAAGUAUCUAACCACUAGAGUCUAGCUGGGGAUUGUGUUAAUUACUGAUCAUUGAUUACUGGUGAUCCACAGUGAGCCAGGGCUUUUAAGGAUCUGAAGACUACUUCAGAUGAAUCCCUUGUUUAACUUCAUAGAAUGGUUUGAAUUGGGAUGUGGGAUGGGAUGGGCGAGACAAGAUGAAGAGGGACGAAGCCAAGGAGGCUUCACUGUGAAGUGCUCAUCAAUCAGGUAUCCAUCGUAAUGUGAAGCCGUGUCUGCAUAAGCUUGGAGUGUUAACCAGGGCAUUUGGGUCCUGAUCAGGCUGUUUACUCUUUUGUUUGUUUCUUUGUUCUUUUUGAUAACUGCAGAAAAAGACUUGCACGUGCACACAGUUCUAUGUACACACGUGCCCACAAAACACUUUGGUUGUAGCAUUAUACUGUACAAAUUGUACAGUGAAAAGAAAAAUCAUGUAACCACCUUAACUGAUUUGCUUGAUUGAUUGGAUUCGCAAAAGCCAAAUCGAUUCAAAUAAAAUACCUCAGGAUGAUUCUGUGCAUUUUGGGGGAGCUUCAACCGUAGCAACCGAACAUGAUGUGGCGCAGAUUGUUUUAUAGAAAAAGAAAUUUAACAAAGAAAGAAAACCAACAAUGCCCUUUCUACUAGCUGAGUCGAACUUUUCUCCUUUAGAUGUUUACCAGUCCAAGGUCUUCCAGCUGAGCUCUCUGCCUGAGCUCCUACAACCCAAGUAAGGAGAGAAGAAGAGGAGGGAAAGGAGGGAUGGAGAUAGGGCUCAGUGAGGGGUAGAGCUCCACUCCUCGUCAAACUGAGUAUCUUUAACAGAACGGGAGAUGUUACUUAAACAUCCAAAAUCUGAAAAGCUGCCCUCACAUGGAAUAUUCUAACUGGAUUCUCCCUCUCUCCUCUCUGUGGUUUUUAAUGGCAGUUGAAUGCAUUAACCAAUGUGUUUCAAUUGAAGCUUCAUCUUUAACAACCAUAUCGCCCUUUCUGUACUCUUGGAACCCUUGGAAUCUUUUUGCUUCCCCAGUGUUGACUGAUGAGCAACAUUUGUCCUUGUUUGCAUUUUAUCUGCAUAUUUAUUAUUAUUAUUAUUCCAAUCAUAUUUAUCACCACCUGCUGCUUGCGUGAGCUGACAAGUGAACAAUAUGCACAUGUAAAAAUAUCAAACGGCACCCUCGCGUUUUAUGAACUCAUGAUUUGUUCUAUUUGUUCUACUUUUACAGAACUGUCAUGUAAACUAAAGAUGUUUUAUGUUCAAAUGCACACACAGACACACCCUUGUGAUGACAGCCUUGCUCUUUUUAAUGGAAAAAUGUAUUUUAAUUACAUUUAAUGAUAAAUAAUGAGGUGAUGGCAUGCAACCCCAGAUGUAACAGUUUUAAUGUUUUAUGUUUUCUUUUUUAUUUGUUUUUUGUUUGUUUGCUUUCUUACGACCACUAAUGCAUUGUAACCAGGUGUGCGUGUAAACAUAUUUGAAAGGAAAAAAUGAUCUAUGUUUAACAUGAUGAAGAUGCUGCUGCUGUUUUGGGAGGGGGGAGGCGAGGACCUGGCCCUAGUGCAAUGUCCUCAUUGGUUCACGGGUCAUUAUCAGGCCAUGUUUUGCCCGACGGACUCACAGCUCAGGGGUCAGGGCUUGACUUGGUAUGGUGGGACAUCCUUGCUCUUCCUCCACUGGCGGGUGAGAAUUACUGUAUCACCAGCUCUGCUUCUCUCUUCCCUCUUCUUCAUCUGUAGUUCUCCCUUCAACUAUAAAGAAGAAAAAGAAAAAAGCAACCCUCUACUUUGAGUCCGCUAUCCCUCCAAAGAUACGAGAUCGCUUUCUUUAUGGUUUGCUGUAAGAAUAGAGCUUUUUUUUUUUUUAAACUAAUACUUCCUCAAAGACUUUUAAGGAACUAUUUUGAAUAUAUUUAGAAAUGACACCUGUAUACAUCGCUUGUAAAUUCAUACUGGAAGACAUCAUCAUGGAGAAUUAUAAAUGAUAAAGAGUAAAAACAAUAUUUUUUGUGUGAAUUUCACAGGAGCUCUUCUGUACAGUGGCACUGUUUCUCUCUCUCUCUCCCUCACUCUCUUUCUUUCUCUCUCUCUGCAGAGCGACUAGAAUAAA